ACUAUCCCUAAUAUUAAUCCUAAUUAUAAUUCUAGAAAUCUUUUCCUUCUUCUUUGCUUAGCGAAACCAUAGCUUGUUUUCUUCUGUAUGGAGAACAGAGCAACAAUGGCUUCCGAUAAAAACAUUCGAUGCCAUCAUUGCGCAGGUCCCCUUUCAAAAGAGAUGGAAACCAGUAAAUGGACCGUUGCACCACUUAUAAGGGAUAGCUUUUCUAUGAUUGGUUCUGCUGUUGGUGGCACCGCAAGUGCAUUUUAUGGAUUCAAUCAUGUUAUGCCAGUAGUCCAUAGAUGGGUAAAAGGACCGAUGUGGGUACAUUUUCUCGUUGGUACACCACCUGUGAUAGUAUUCUCCUCAGUAUGCGCAGGACUGGCAGGUGGGGCUGUUCCUGCUUUAGCACAACUUGUUUCUUCAUCUUACCACGCGGCACAAUCAUCACCUCCGUCAGAAGACGAUAAGAUUCAGAAGUCAAGAACUUCAUCCACUCUCUAAUAUGAAAAUCUACCUAUACACAUGCAUAUAGUGGCUUUCUUCUACCAUAAGUGUGCAAAAAGUUUUGUUGUUCUCUUGUAAAUACUGCAGUCCAGCUUUAAUGCUCCAAUUUGUAAUUUCACUUCCCUAAAUCAGUACUAGUGGAAUGCAUCAUCAAAUAUCUUAUAGUUUUGCUUGUUACACUGCCAUUUUGUUAUUCAAUUAGAUUCAUUCUGCUAGUUA